AUGAAAAUUCCUCCAGGUUAUCACAGGCAGGGGGAGAAUCGAUCUAGAGCUGAUUAUUCCUUAUUUUUUAAACAUGAUGAGUAUCGUGGUUCUACAUUUGAUUUAGUCUAUGUUGAUGAUAUUUUAAUUGGCGGUGAUAACAUAGAUGAAAUUAAAGCUCUAAAGGCUACGUUGAAUGCUCAGUUCCGUAUCAAGGAUCUUGGGUUUCCAAAAUAUUUUCUUGGUAUUGAGAUUGCUCGUUCCUCACGUGGUAUUCUUCUUUAUCAAAGGAAGUACAGCUUGGACAUUUUGACUGACAUGGGUAUGUUGGGUUGUCGAUCUGCUCGCACACCUAUGGAACAAAAUCUCAAGUUGAGUGACGCUCCACCGAAACCUCAUUACGAUGCUGCUCUACGUCUUUUACAUUAUCUGAAAGGCUGUCCUGGUAAGGGUAUUUUAUUGUCUUCUACGAGUUCUCUUCAACUUAUAGCUUAUGCUGACUCUGAUUGGGCUAGUUGUCCAAUUACACGCCGGCCUACAAAUGGAUAUUGUAGUUUUCUUGGUUCAAGUCCGAUCUCUUAG